AUGGCUGCUGGCUUCGUCAAAGCGCCUGGCCAGGCAGCGGGAGGCUGCGACCAAGCGGGUCGUGGGCCUGGGUCGCCUCCCUGGCAGCGGUGGUGCGACGGGGAGUGCGGGACUCCCCCUCCCCGGGCCCGGAGCGCGGCCCGCCAGGGAGGGGGGCGCGGCCAGGCCGGGCGGGAGCCCGAGGCGGGGCAGGGCUGCGUGGCCCAGGGGCGGGGAGGAAUCGGCGCGGCUCCCAAGUGCGGCGGGGGCGCGGCGGCAGGAAGGCUGGAAGGCUGUGGCCCCGGCUGGAAGGAGAGCCUCUGGGCUUUUUGGGCCUUGGCGGGCGACCUUCAGACAGUGCAGUGCUGUCAAUCUGGUGCCUCCUCCCCUGCCAGCUUCCUGUCCCUUCACCCUCCACUCCAGAAGCAGCAAAUCACCGGCCCUACCCUCACCCUGGACCAGACCGGGACGUUGCCUAGAGGCCCUAAGGUGGUCCUACGGGAUAGAGCAAUGAAUGAUAUUGGGGACUAUGUUGGUUCCAAUCUGGAGAUAUCCUGGCUUCCCAACCUGGAUGGCUUGAUAGAGGGCUAUGCUCGCAACUUCCGGCCUGGCAUUGGAGGGCCUCCUGUGAACGUGGCCCUCGCCAUCGAGGUGGCCAGCAUCGACCACAUCUCAGAGGUGAACAUGGAAUACACCAUGACCGUGUUCCUGCACCAGAGCUGGCGGGACAGCAGGCUGGCCUACAACCACACCAACGAGACCCUGGGCCUGGACAGCCGCUUCGUGGACAAGCUGUGGCUCCCGGACACCUUCAUUGUGAAUGCCAAGUCCGCCUGGUUCCACGACGUGACCGUGGAGAACAAGCUUAUCCGGCUGCAGCCUGACGGGGUGAUCCUGUACAGCAUCCGAAUCACCUCCACGGUGGCCUGCGACAUGGACCUGGCCAAAUACCCCAUGGACGAGCAAGAGUGCAUGCUGCAUCUGGAGAGCUAUGGCUACUCAUCCGAGGACAUCGUGUACUACUGGUCUGAGAACCAGGAGCAGAUCCACGGGCUGAACAAGCUGCAGCUGGCCCAGUUCACCAUCACCAGCUACCACUUUGCCACGGAGCUCAUGAACUUCAAAUCGGCUGGUCAGUUCCCUCGGCUCAGCCUGCAUUUCCAUCUCCGGAGGAAUCGGGGCGUCUACAUCAUCCAGUCCUACAUGCCCUCCAUCCUCCUAGUUGCCAUGUCCUGGGUCUCCUUCUGGAUCAGCCAGGCAGCGGUGCCCGCCAGGGUGUCUCUAGGCAUUACCACGGUGCUGACCAUGACCACGCUGAUGGUGAGUGCCCGCUCUUCCCUCCCGCGGGCCUCGGCCAUCAAGGCGCUGGACGUGUACUUCUGGAUCUGCUAUGUCUUCGUGUUUGCUGCGUUGGUGGAGUAUGCCUUUGCCCACUUCAAUGCUGACUACCGGAAGAAGCAAAAGGCCAAGGUCAAGGCCACAGAGCAGAGAACAGAGAUGGACGUGAAGAAUGCCAUUGUGCUCUUCUCCUUGUCGGCCGCUGGCGUCACCCAGGAGUUGGCAGUGUCCCGCCGGCCCUGCCGCACGCCUGGGAACCUCAUGGGCACCUACAGGUGUGUGGAGAUGGAGACGGGGGAGGCCAAGAAGCGGGGCGGGCGCCGCUCGGGGGGCCAGGGAGGCCUCCGUGGGCUUUUUAAGCCCAUCGACGCAGACACCAUCGACAUCUACGCCCGCGCAGUGUUCCCUGCUGCCUUCGUGGCGGUCAAUGUCGUCUACUGGGCAGCCUACACCAUGUGA